AUGGUAGGACUGGUGGCGCAACCAGAGUCGCCGCUAGGAGAACAUGGCGGGGGAGUGAGGCGAGCCACCAGCAGCUCCCCGGUGUUGUUACCCGGUACGUCCCGCCCACUUCCGCCCCCGCGCCAACCGCCUUGCGCGGACGGCGCCAGCAUCGCCCCUCUCUGCCCCCCCCCGCCAAUCGCGGCGGAGCAGCGGCCUCGCUGCCUUGGCUCCAGCCAAUCGAAAGCGACACAAACACUCCAGGCGGUGGCAGCGAGUGGGCACGCGUCGCUCGCCAUGGAGGAGCCGGGCCCGGCCGCGGCGCUGCCGGAGGGGCGGGGGCGGGACGAGCGGAGCUUGGAGGCGCUCAGCCUGGCUGGCGGUGGAGGGGCGGCGGUGGCGGGGCGGCAGCUAUCGGAGGGGCGGCGGGCGACGCUGGCGAGCGCCCUGGAACUGGAGGGAACGGUGCUGCGCGAAGGGCGCCUCACCCAGUUCGUAGCCAACAACCUGGAGCGGCGGAUCCGGCUGAGCGGCGCCCCGCGGGGCGAGCCUCCGGCGGGGGGCGGCGGGUCCUCCAUCCCCGCCAUCGACCCCGGGGCGCUGCAGGACGUGGUGGCCCUGGCUGGGCAGGUGGCGGCGCAGGUGGACGAGCUGCUGCGGAACGUGCACUGCGGGCUGCAGGCGCUGACGGCGCUCAGUGUCGGCUGCAUCCAGACCUACCGCGACGGCGUGGAGAGCCUGGGUGAGGCGGCCGACCUCAGCAUCCGCGCCAUGUACGCGCUGGUGGCGCGCUGCGAGGAGCUGGACCGCGCCAUGCAGCCCGUGCCCGCCCUGGCCAAGCGCAUCCGUGACAUGAAGGGCACGCUGGAGCGACUGGAGGGGCUCUGCAAGUAGCUGCUCCCGCCGCCUCUCCUCCCGUGCAGGCGGCGAGGACCUGGGGCUGCUGCUGUCUCGUUCCGGUGGCCCCACCGCUCACGGCGUCCGCAGCUCCCACCUGCACAUCCUCGUUCGCUCUCCCUGUGCGUGACUUGCCGGCAGCAGUGGCCAGAUCGCCUGUGUUGAUCUGGACGAAGGGAAAUUUUUGCGACUGACGAAGGAAAAAGUCCCGGUUGAAAACCGCGGGGUAUAUGGCAGAUGGUGCUUUUUAGCUUUAGCUCCAUUAAAGAAUUUGGAUUCCACAUGCCUUACGCUUUCUAUUUAUUGAGGGCUAAGAGAAACUAACGAGUAUUAGUUAAAAGUAGAUUUUUGUUUAAAUCAAAUUCAAAAUUCUUGUGAGUACCUGCUUGAUGCUUACAGGCAUCUGUGCUUAUUUGUAGUUGAUUUGGAGCCUGAAGAGUAAUUCUCACCUAUGUUUUUAUAGCAAAUAAACUCCCUGAACACCACUCUUGCUUACAGGACACAGUUUUAAGAUAAGAGUAAGUUUAAUACAAACAGCAAAGACACUUGUUUUCUGAGAAGAAUAUAAAAUCCAUGGAAGAUAAUUGAGAUUCAGAUAAGAACAAAUCAUAAGCAAAGUUCGAAAUAAAAGCUUUCAGAUGAAAUG